AUGCUUACAAGAGUCAGCCGUUCCUCCCUUCUUCUCAAGAGACUCCCCACCAUCAUCCCAAAAGCAUCAUCAACCAGAAUCCCACACUCAUUAUUCACCGAUCACCCCAACCACCAUCCAUCAUUCUAUUUCAUCCCAGUACGAUCUCUCACCACCACCCCCACAAAUCUCCCCCAAACCACAACUCAAAUCACAUCCAAUGACCCAAAUGAGCCGCAAGUCUCAGGCGAAUACAUGAUUCAAUUCACUUGUAAACCAUGCAAUACUCGUUCAACCCAUGCAUUCUCAAAACAAGCAUAUCAAUAUGGGACAGUAUUGAUCCAAUGUCCAAAUUGUAAAAGUAGACAUCUUAUAGCUGACAAUUUGGGUUUUAUUAAAGAUGAGGUAUUUAAUUUAGAAGAAGUGUUAGCGUCGAAGGGAGAGAGUGUCAAGAGUAAAAGAAGUGAUUUGGAAGAGGGGGAUGUUCCGGAGGGACUUAAGGGCAAGUUGGAGAAUGUUGUUAGUGGAUUUAGAAUUCAAAAUGGGGAUGAAGUGUUUGAGAUCCCUGCGGAUGUUAAGAAGGAUAAGAAGUAG